GCCACGAGCACCACUACGCUUCCUCGCUCUUAAAACCCAACAAAAACCUGCCUAAACCCCAGAUAAACCUCACCAACUCUCGCUCACUCUAGAAAAAAGUUAUAACUACUACAAACUAUAGCGUUACAAGUAAACCUUAGGAACAACAACGAAACAGAACUCCAGUAAAUCGCAACGUAAUUAAGAUGGGAAGCGUUACAAGUAAAGACAUAAAGAAAUAUCCCCUUGAGACUCUUUGUGACCACGACAAAGGGAUCAACUGCAUGGCUGCCUCAGAGGACGGCUCGCUCUUGGUGACGGGAUCCGAGGACAAGACCGCCAGGCUUUGGGACGUUAGCGGCCCAGAAACGGAGUGUAUUGGUAUAAUGAAAGGUCACACCAGUUACAUCACGUGCGUCGCCGUUCAUGACACCUUCAUCGUGACGGGCGCAGCGGACUCCACCCUCAGGAAGUGGGACACCAUUAGCUGUGACUGUCUCUUCACUUAUAGAGGACACAAGGGCAGGAUAUCGCGAGUCUUAUGCACGGGGGAGUAUAUUCUGAGCUCCUCCCAGGACAAGACGACGAAGGCGUGGCACGUGGAAGAAGAGAUACUGGAGAACCUCAAGGGAGACGCAGACGACAUCGCGUGUAUCAAGACAUUAGAGGGGCAUGAGAGGGCCGUGUACUCGCUGAUGGUUGACCCCGGCGAGGAGGAUGACACGGGCACGAUUGGCUUCGGCGACCUGGUGGUGACGGGAAGCCUUGACUGUACUGCGCGAUCCUGGGACUUCGUGUCUGGAAACUGUCUUCAGGUGUUCAAGGGGCACACUGGCUGCGUGGUGGCCAUCGUGACGGACACUAAUUCGCGUCUCUUGUACACAGCCAGCGCAGAUAAGACCAUUCGCAGUUGGCACAUCGAUACGGCGGUCAACUUUCGGGUGUUCGAGGGCCACAAGAGCCACAUCACCUGCCUGCUGGCCCUCAAUAAGCUGCUCUACAGUGGUGACGGUGACGGCGUGGUGCGGGUGUGGGACGUCACUGGCCGCGACACCGUUAAGAUGGGACGGCAGCAGGUUGUCUCUGUGGAUUCCCUCACUUCCUUCAGGCCUGCCACCAACACCAUCAACGCCAUCCACCUCCACAACGGCAUGUUGUUCAUAGUGAGCAGCGACAACUUUGCCCGGGCCGUGGAUGCCGCUACGAGGGAGGUGUUGGCUGUGUACACGGGCCACCAGAUCGCCGUCACCUGCAUGGCCAUUAGUGGUGAGCAUAUCUACACGGGAUCCACCGACACUACGCUCAGGGUGUGGAACAUACCGAAACGAAGGACAGAGGGUGAGGAGUCUUCGAGUUCCAGCGAAGAGGAAUCCGAGGAGGGAGAAGAUUGAGGCGUUCCACAGGGUCUUAAUCCACCACUUAUUGUCGGGUUACUCUGAGGAGAGAAAAGCUAUAAUGAUGAUCUGUUACACACACACACACACACACACACACACACACACACACACUCUCUCUCUCUCUCUCUCUCUCUGACAUUUCAGGGAGUUUAAAUAAAGGAAAAUGUUGGUGCUUCUAUAUAUGAUAAUCAUUAGACACUAUGAAAGCCAAUUAUUUCUAUCACAGACCAAAAACUAGAGCAAAAGUAGUAUUCUUGUGAAAAUAAGUAUGCAUUCAUUAUAUAAAAAAGCAUUACUAUGACGAAAAUUCAUAAUACUUAUAUAUGUAUACAUUGUUCCCUGCAUUGUUUCUUUGGAAAUAAUAACAAGAUGACGAUA